AUGUUUGAUAAAAAAGUUGUCGAAGAUAUUUACAAAGAAAUAAACAAUUCCGAUACUCAUAUAGAAGAUAAUUUUCAAUUUACAAAGCAGCAGUUUCAAAAAUUCUUCAAAGAUUUAGAUGAUGAAACACUGGAUACUAUUCUAACUGUUAUUGACUCGGUUGACAAACUCAAAGAGAUUAUAUCAAGCAAAGAUUGUGCUAAUCCUUUACAUCAGCAAGUUCAAUAUACAAAUGAAGUUCUAGAAUUUCUGACAAGUUAUCGUCAAUCUCAACAAAUUUCAAAAGAAACAACAAAUAAUUUUGUAAUGCCUAGCUGGUUUCAAACUUCGCUUAACGCAAGUUUUUGCAAUCACGACUUAAUCCAAAAAGUUGAUGAGAAGGCAAAAUAUAUUGAACAAAAUAAAGAAUUACUAGGAAUUGAAAAUGUUUUUAAUUGGAACAACAAAAAGUUUAUAACAUUUUUAAAUAUGUGUAUACGGCAAUUCAGGUAUAUAAAUCCAGAGCAAAUUAUAAUUACUGGUGCUAGAAUAUUUGAUGCACAGUAUGCGCGUAUUGCUAAUGAUGUAAGAAAUAAAUUUCAUAAUAAAAAAAUAAAGACGGUCAAGCCAUGA